GACCAAUGAAAAGCGACGAAUCCGACAUCUAAGCUGGGAGAGGAGAGUACGGUAUUUAUCUAAACGACAUCAUUGUGAAAGUCGUUCGUCAGAUACGCACCACCCCCAUUACAAAUCUCUGCAUUUGAGGGUUGAAAUUGAAACUGCUAUUUGCGAUACCACUAACCCUACACACCAUGGCUUCCAUCCCCAAAUUUUGGGUCUUCGCUCUUGCACUUCUCCUCCUAGCUUCUCCUCUUCUCCAAGUUGCUAGGUGUCAGUCAGACUCAGACGAUGCUGUUGAGACCACUGAAGAAUCAAAUGAUAUUGGCAUCGUUGGUGAUGAUGUACAAGACUUUGGUGAUGGGAACUUUGCUUCUGCUCCAGGAAUUGAUACAGUCAGUGUAUUCCCAAAAAAUAGUGCAAGAUUGAUAACAGCUGGAGAAGAGACAGAGCUGCUUGUUGGUGUAAAAAAUGAUGGGGAUACAAGCAUGAAUGUUAUUGCAAUCAAGGCUAGUGUUCACCUUCCUUUUGAUCACCGUAUGCUGGUUCAAAAUCUUACUGCACAGGGUUUUAACAAUGGUUCUGUACCAGCCUCAGCACAGGCUACUUUCCCAUAUUUAUUUGCAGUCAGUAAGUUCUUGCAGCCUGGGACCUUUGAUCUUGUGGGCAGUAUUAUAUAUGAGAUAGAUGAUCAGCCAUUCCAAAGCACCUUUUUUAAUGGCACUGUUGAAGUCGUUGAAUCUGGUGGUUUUCUUAGCAUGGAAUCUGUUUUUCUUGUUACUCUUGGAGCUGCACUCCUUGUCCUCCUUGGGCUAUGGAUUCAUGGUCAAAUACAACACCUAUCUAAGAAAACAAAGAGGGCUCCAAAGGUUGAAGUUGGAACUAGGACUACAGAUGCUUCAACAGAUGAAUGGCUAGAGGGAACUGCAUAUACCCAGUCUCUGUCGAGCAAGUCAAAGAAGAAGAAGUAGAUAAGCAAUUCUCACGUUCAGCCACACAUGGAAUACAGAAUCCUGUAACAGACUAGCAUCGAGUUUGAGAGAGCACGAGGAAAUAGUUGUGAAAUUUUGGCUGAAAGAUCUAGCUUUCUGUUGUAGCUUAAGAAAGUUUACAUUUUCCCUUUCGAAUGAAGUUGAGCUUUUUCUAAACUAACAGGGAUUUGAGUUAGGAAGGAUACGACAUUUGAGAUGUGGCAAAAAUUUUAUUAGAUAAUGUUCAUUUUACCUAUAUUUUGUGUUUA